AUGUCUUCUAUCACUUGUGACGGUAGCAAUUGCCGUUCCCCCCUGAGCAUUUCCUCCGCAGUCCGAUUUUCACUUUCGCUUUCCUCAACUCGGCUGGCCACAACCCACUCAACACAGGCGCUUCGGCCCCUUGAGUCCCCCCAGCCAUCUCAAUUUAUCACAUCACAUCUCACCACACACCGUCUCACAUCACACCCCUACCCAUGUACGCUACCGCGCCAACCACCUCAGCUUGGCUGGGUACCCAAUUUGCUUUUGCUUCACAUCCCCGGUCCACUAGUGCGCUUAAGCCUUCUGGCCUGA